UAAAGCCUGAAGCUUUCAUCAAUCAUCAUCUAGUCUCCUCAUAUCGUCACUGAACCCCCUCAAAAAAACACCACCACCGUCCAAAAAGUCCGAUCAAAACAUAAUGUUCAUCAACACAAGCACUGAUCUUCCCCUUCCCCAAAACAAGACAACCCUCGAAAUCAAGCAUGAAGACGACAGCAAGUUCUUUGCCAAGCUUUUAUCUAAACAAAACUCAAUGGGAAGAAACCCUUCUUUCAGGGUCUACUAUGGCGGAGCCUCCGGUUCUGUCCCUUUCACAUGGGAAUCUCGGCCUGGAACACCAAAACAUGCAUUCGCCGGUACAUCUUUAGUUCCUCCACUAACUCCUCCACCGUCGUACUACACCAAGUCUAAUACAAACCCCGUAAAGAAACACUCGAGAUCUGGUCUUUUGAACGCUUUGUUUUGGAAAAUGGUAUUGAGGUUGAAGAAAGCUAAUGUUGUGCCUUCAUGGUCGUCAACCACAAGUUCCGGGAAGUAUCAGAGGAGACGGUUAUCGACCCCGAGCUCCUCAUUCGAUUCAAGGAUGGAUGAUGAAGGGAUUGCUGCCGUUGGAUCGGGACCUUCGACUCGGUGUUUCGCCGUUGGUAGGGGGAGGAGUACUAUCGGUAAGUGUCGUGGAUGCUAUUGCUGCUAAUUACAAUAUACGCCAAGGUCAAAUUGUGAUUUUGAUCCCUCUAUUAUGAUCUUGUUUGAGAUUUAAUCUCAAUAAAAUAUUUCAUCUUUCUAUUUUUUAUGAUGUUAUUAAGUAAUACAAAUAGCUAAGAAACACCAUUUUCAACUA